GACGAUGAAUGAAAAAACACAGCACGCCUACCAGUAUUCGCUUCUCUGUCCAUGUCUUGUCUCAGGCAGCAAGUAGAUGGCGUCUGACUACGGUUCACUAUCUUCUAGUUAGAAAGCUGAGUCACACAACGGGGCGCCGUGGUAACGGUAACAGCGAAGGAGCUGUGUGCACGUUUCUGAAAGCUUAUCAAUAUUUAUCUUUCUGUUGAAGAUGUUGACGAUCACGCUAAAAACUCUCCAACAGCAAACGUUUAAGAUACAGAUAGACGAAGAGCUUACGGUGAAAGCCCUGAAGGAGAAGAUUGAGGCAGAGAAGGGACCGGACACAUAUCCAGCCUCAGGGCAGAAGCUUAUCUAUGCAGGCAAAAUCUUAAAUGAUGACAUACCCUUAAAAGAAUACAAAAUAGAUGAGAAGAAUUUUGUCGUGGUUAUGGUAUCAAAGGCAAAACCAGCAGCACCUGCACAGCCUCCUGCGCAGGUGGCUCCGCCUCCUGCUGCGGUCAGUGCGCCACUACCUGACGUAGCUCCUGCCGCCCCUGCUCCCUCCUCCGCCCCUGCUACGACAACCACCCCUGCUCCAGCUCCUACCUCUGUCCCUGCUCCAGCAACUGCCCCCACCCCUGCCCCCACCCCCACAUCAUCAGAAGAGCGUCCUGCUGUUGAAACCGGGCCUGAGGCCUCCACUCCACCAGCAGCGCCAGCAGGGGGCGCUGCUCCAGCACUGUCCGCCCCCACCCUCCCAGAUACUCCUGCAGAGGACAAGCCCCAGGAGGAGCCUCAGGAACAACCACUGGCCACACCACCAGCCCUCUCCUCCUCCAGCAUUGUAGAUGACCUGAGCCUUUUAGAAGAAGCGGCAUCGAUACUGGUUACAGGGCAGGCUUAUGAGAACUUGGUGACGGAAAUAAUGUCUAUGGGGUAUGAAAGAGAACAAGUCAUUGCAGCGCUACGAGCAAGCUACAAUAACCCUGACAGAGCAGUGGAGUACCUUCUCAUGGGGAUUCCUGCUGAGCCCGACCUGCCCCCCCGGGAGGUAGCCCGCCCCCCUCCAGCGACGAACCCCCCUGCUCCUGUUACAGAAGGCCCCCAGCCCCCUCCAGCAGCCAGCAGCACGGUGUCCUCCACCUCAUCGCCGGCGUCUGGGAACCCCCUCGAGUUCCUGAGGAACCAGCCGCAGUUCCAGCAGAUGCGACAGAUCAUCCAGCAGAACCCGGCGCUCCUGCCCGCUCUGCUCCAGCAGCUAGGCAGAGACAACCCCCAGCUGCUCCAGCAAAUCACCCAGCACCAGGAGCGAUUUGUGCAGAUGCUGAAUGAACCCCACGGUGGGGAGGUGGGAGGGGAAGAAGCAGAGGGCCAGGGAGCAUCACAGACAAACUACAUCCAGGUUACUCCACAAGAGAAAGAGGCCAUCGAAAGGUUAAAAGCCUUGGGAUUUCCAGAAGGACUGGUGAUUCAAGCCUAUUUUGCGUGUGAGAAGAACGAGAAUCUCGCUGCUAACUUCCUGCUUCAGCAAAAUUUUGACGACGAGUGAUUUAUGCACCAAGAGGAGGAGGAAGAGGAGGAGGAUGAGGAGGAGGAGGAGGAGAUCACUGGAGGAGAGACGAGAGGAGAGAACUGUGUGUGUAUUGCAAGGGCUGGGAAGGGUUUACAAAACGUGGCUGGUCCUUUCGGAAUGCCAUUCACUGGACAAAGCCAUGGCAAAAGUAUUCUUCAGCGUGAGCGGCGCCUGUCCCAUCCCUCUGAGAGGGUUCAUCGCUCGCUGUGCGCUCUGUUACACUGCUGCUGUACCCGCUGCUUGUGCUGUGUGUGCGUGCGUGUGCGUGUGUGUCUUUAGAUUUACAGUGGCAGUUUAUUUUCUCUUUAAUCACUUUUCCUUUCUACGUCCCCAAACAACUAGCAACGUGCAGGUUUGUUUCGUAUGUUUGUGGUUUGUGUUUGGGCUAUGCUCUGCCCCUGCAGGAAAGCAGCGCCCACAUUAUGAACACAAAAAAACAAACAAAAUAAAGAAUCGGCAGAGGACUGACAAUCGUACUUUGGACAAGCGUACAAGUACAGUAUUUGUAUGGCCGGCAGUGGGUGCUGUUUGGUCUGCGUACAUUCGCAAUUUGUAUCGAUUCCAACCACUCAUUGCAUUUACCGUAAAACACUUCCUAAUUCUAUAUGAAAAGAAGAUAGAUAUACAGGGUUAUUUAUUGCAAGGUAUCAGUGGAUAUCUGAAGCAGCCAGGGUUUGAAUGAUGACAGAGCUUUAGCUUUUCCAGUCACUUUACCAUGUUGCUGAGGCUUACAUGCUGUGUGUUUUGACUUAUGCAAAGUGUUGGUAUUAUUUUAGUUUGUUCUGUGAUCCCUCUGGAUGAUAUAUGGAGCAGUGUGAUUUGGUUAGCCUAGAGGUGGCCAUACCAGGUCCUGGAGAGCCAUUGGGUCUGCUGGUUUUGGUUUACUUGGUACUUAAUUAAAGCAGUUGAUUACCCAGUUAACAUACCUCACCGGGUUUCUUGGGUCUGCAUACGUUGUAAUAUUUAAGGUGAAAACAAAAACCAGCAGACCCUACAGCUCUCCAGGACCUGGGCUGACCACCUCUGGCCGAGGCAUUAGGUAUGUGUGCUGCUCCUUUACUGAAGUACUUGUGCAGAUUUUUUCCCAAGGUUCCUUGGAAAAUUAUAUCGACGCGUUAAAAAAAAGUUUUAUUGAUGCAUGUAUUUAUUUGGCAGCUCGGAAGGCAAAAGCAAAAAAAACAAAACAAAAAAAAAACAGGCAUUGAUGGGGUUUUUAAAAAAGCACAGAGCAAAUGCAUAGUUUAGGAAUUACAUGGGCUUAUAACUACCUACGCAGAUAGUCUACGAUAUUAGAACUCAAGUAUGCUCCUGCCUUUUAUUUUUGUGACACUACACAUGAAAGGAAAUAUGAGUUUUACUGCUGUACCAUCAAAGAGCCAUUUGAAUUGCACACUAGAGUAUUUUUCCUCUUUUCAUUCUUUUGACUCAACUGACUUGUGCUUCACUGUGCUGAAAGUACACCAUUAGGGGUUACGUUAAAAAAAUCUGGCUUUGAAAUGAAAGCAGAGUCAUAAUGAAGCUGAGCUAGGUUGUAAUGAAUAAUGUUUGUAAUGCAUGAAACUGAUGAAACUUUAACCCAAAGAAUCUUAAAUGCAUUGUGUGUUUAUAUAAUUUGAGUUUGGAUCUAACCCCCUUCCUCCAAGGACAUUUCAUUUAUCAUUCUGGAAGUAAAGCAAACCUGACCGACCUGCUAGUUAUUCUUACAAACCUACUGCGUACAAACCUGCUAUUGGACAAAAUGGCUUCAUAAAAUUAACAUUUUUGCUAGACCUUAUAUUAUUUAGGUAAACAUGCUUGCACAACAUUCUUGAUAAAAAUGUGCUGAAUCUGGGCUGUAUCCUUUCCAGUUGGUUAGUGUGCAGGUUUUGUAUUUAGUCGAAUUGUGCAACUAGAUGGUCAUAGAAUUAAAUUUUUUAUUUUGAAGUGGCAAACCAAAAAAAAAAAAAAAAUUGUGAACCUAUUGAAAUUACUGAGGUAGUGCAAUCUGUUCAUUUCAGUAAUGGCAUCAUGCAAAUUUCUCCAAUAUUUGAGCAAAAUCUUGUGAGGAUGUCUCACAGAAAUAUAAUUAUAAAACUACUAAACCAGGAUUGUAAACUACUGUACUAUUGUUUGUGUAUUUGUAUCAUAUAUGCAGUCCAAAACUUUGUUGUCUGGAGGGCUCUGAGAUAAAAAAAUAUAUAUAUAAAUUCUGUCAUUGAGACUCUCAAAGCUCUGAAAAUGAUCUUCUGGUGUGAGGAAUUGCACUUAUACUGUAAAUUUAUUUUGCAUUGUUAAUGUUUUUUGGAUACCAAAAUGAACCACAGUAGUAGACAUUUUACAACUAAAAUGGCAGUGGUGCAUAUGGCUCACAACCACAUUAAGUACAUUUCCCCUGCUCCUCAUAACACAACUUGCAUGUGAUUUGAACUGUGUUGUCUAGACAUUUAUGAGCCACUCCCAUCCCCUCUCCUGUAUCCUGCAAUUUAUAUCCAACAUGCCUUAUAAUUUAGUUUUUUUUUUUUUUUUAGUUUAAUUUUUGAUUGCAAUUCUUUCCAGGACUACAGAUUGCUGACCGGCUGAUUAAGAGGUGAUGCACUUUGAUUUCUAAUUAUGCAGUUUAGUGUCAACACGUUUCAGAGUAUGUUUGGGGAAAUACUGGGUCUGGUACAGGCAGGUUGAAUUAAAAAAGCAGAUGCUCAGUUGCAUUACAUAAUGUGGUUUGAUCCUUGGCAGUAAUAAGUAAGUUACAUUCUCCCCCAGUGAUAUUGGUGUAAUAUAAUGUAAAGAUGGCACUUUCAAGUGAGGAAUGUUACUUCGGAAGAUGGUAGAGCUGCAUGGGUUCUUAGGGCUCCUGUUGAGUCAGCAUGCUGUAGAAGCCAUUUUAAAUAUCACAUUGGUGAUGUCUUCAUUAAAUUUUUAUUUCUGUAUGUUACUUGAUUUAAACUUUUUUUUGUUUCCCUUUGGCCUUUUUGAAAUAAAAUUAAGCAACAACGUCAUGUUUCAGCCUUAAUUGCAUCACUUCCCAAAGGCUCAGAUUGCUGAAUGUUUCUGGGUUUCAUUGUUUCAGCAUUAUGUACAAUAAAUAGCUUUUACAAAGCUUUCA